CGAUUAAGAAGGUUCUUAUUCCUCUUACAAAGAGGGGCCCCUGUUUCGCUUUAAGUGAUAAUUUCAACAGUUUUAUUUAGAAGAUAUUUAGCAUAUCGUUGUGUUAUCUUCGGCGGUUCUCCUUUGGGUCGACAUGCACAAUUAUUUAAUUGAUAUGCCCAAAUGAUGCAAUUACCUGCGUCGUCGUAACCAGUGCAUUCGGAAUGUCCUCUAAAAAAUCACACAUAUUUUUACGUUCUAACCGUGAAACAUUAAGAAAUAUUCACAGUACGCGACCGAAGCUUGCGAGAGUAGGCACCCGGUACUUAUCACACUAGUCAAACCUGCUUCGCGAAUGGUUCUUUAAGUUUAGUUGAAAUUAAAGGAAAUUACUAUCGUUUAAAAAAUAUACAUCACAAUGAGGCUGAUGUUUUACGUAGUGCUGAAUUUAUUGGUGCUUUGCAACCAUUUGGUUCUGAGUGAAAAUGUCGAAGAGCUGAAGCAAGUGCGGAUCAGAGCGGCAUAUAAUUACGGAAGACCUGGGGAUCCAAACAGAGACUUUCUCCCUCUGGAUUUCGGCAUGCGUCCUCCACCACCACCACAUGACCAUCUUCCUUACCAUCAUCUACGCAACGGCCCCCCAGAUCCAGGACACGUUCACUAUCACUUUCUUAGUUCGUCAAAAACAAAUGAAAAAUCUGCAAGCAACUUCGCAAAUACAUCAGGAGUACCUUUGGACUUUGCAAAAUCCAUAAACGAAUACAUCGUUUCAGAUUUGCUUCUCAAUGCUAUAGAAGAUGGGCCGGAACCAGAAAAAGUCUCGUUUAUCGCCAAUAGAUUUGGCGGAGACACUGAUGGGAACGAAACCGAAAGAAAUGCAGCCCUGAUUGCGCGUCCAGCCAAAUGCAUGCCCGAAUUGACUACUGUGAAAAUAGCACAAUCAGAUGCAAAUGUGUUUUACAUUCCUGAAUGUAUAAGAAUCGAGCGAUGUGGAGGCUGUUGUUCACAUGAGCUGCUGUCUUGUCAGCCAACAGAAACUGAAACGGUUACCUACUCGGUAAUGAAAACUGGCUACACUACUGGGACCAACAAGCUGCUAAAGUAUGUGGGAAGGGAGCCAAUUCUCGUGGAAAAGCACACGAAAUGUAGCUGUGGCUGCAAAGUUAAGGCAGCGGAUUGUGGCAAAUAUCAGGAGUACAGAGAGUCAGAAUGCCGUUGUGUCUGCAAGAACUUUGACGAAGAAGAAAAGUGCUACAAGAACAGCUACCUGAAGCUGUGGAAUCCCAACAUCUGUAGCUGCCAAUGUCGUGAAAUUUUGGACUGUUCUACCGGCUUCCAGUUCGACCACAAUGAAUGCAGAUGCAUCAAGGUGCAAGUAACAAGGCGCUAUAUAUUUUCCGAUGUGAACAGACAAAAAGAACAACCCGAAUAGUAGUGAUUUUAUAGUUGUCAAAAGUCCAAGGCUGACGCUUUGGCAAUAGCAAAAGUCGACUAUUUUAAACGUAGAACGAUGUAAUAUGCAGAUUUCCCUGUGUGCGAUGAAUAUGUAAAGUGAUAUAGUCAUAUUUUAUCCUA